AUGAAGCAUGUGGACACACGGCUAGAGCAAACUUCAUUUGACAAGCUUGUAGCCUCAUUGACAGACACAUUGGGUCCAUCUUCCGGCCUAACGUUGGAUGAUGUUGACGUAACUUCACUCAUGUGUUUAAUGAAGCUUUACGAUAGCCAGGAUCGCGAUUGGGCAAAGUACGCCUUCGGUGACAGUGAUGCAGACUAUACAAGAAAUCUGGUCGACGAGGGGAAUGGUAAGAGCAAUUUGCUUGUGCUCGUAUGGUCUCCCGGUAAGGGCAGCCCAAUUCACGAUCAUGGUAACGCCCACUGUUUGAUGAAGAUCCUCAAGGGCAACUUAACAGAGACACGAUAUGCCUUCCCGCAACAAGGACAUGGUCAUCCGCUGGAAAUAAUAUCGGGAACAACUCACAGCGAGAACGAAGUCGUAUAUAUGGCAGAUGAGCUUGGUCUGCACCAAAUGUCUAACAAAGGCAGCGACUUUGCUGUUUCACUUCAUUUAUAUACUCCUCCACAUGUAGCCAGGAAAGGUUGUUGUAUUUUUGAUGAGAGGACGGGGAAAAAGAAUUAUGUUUCAGGCGAUUCCUAUCAUUCAGCCUAUGGUAGACUUCUAAAGAAUUGA